GCUUCCUGAGACGGCGAAUAUCUUGCCAAAAUCCAUCACUGGUCUCAAGUCUGGUGUAGUUUGCAAAAAUGACGCUCUUGUAUCGAUCUAUCAGACAGUUUGCGAAAAAUUUAAUUUUCCCUGAACCUCACAGGAGUAUAUCAUUUUCUGCAACCGCGCGUUUAAGAGAAAUUAUUACAAACAAGGAAGGUAACACCUUAACCAUCGAGGGUGCAAAUGUAUCAGAAAAAAAUGCACAUCGACAAUUAAAACUGAAAUCAAAUGCCUGUCCUCUUUGUGCUACAGGACUUGAUGUCAAGCACACAGAUGUUCUUAUUCUAAGUCAGUUUGUACGAUCAGAUGGUUGCAUGUUGCCACGUAGGAUAACUGGUCUAUGUAGUAUACAACAAAAAAGGAUAGGUAUUAUGGUAGCCAUGGCUCAGAAAGCAGGCUUGAUGCCAUCAUUAGCUCCUUCAUGGAGCAAGAAAGAUCCCACACGUAGACAUAAGUGGAAAAAGUAUAAUACAUACUUUGAUGAGGAUACCAUUAAACAAAAAUAUUGGGUCUAAUUGAAUAUACAAUAUUGAAUUGAUAGUCAAGAACUAUGGCUGCAAGGUCUAUUUUGAGGAAUUUGAAGAGUCUACAUUCCAUCACUUUCAAAUGCUAUGGCACCUGGAGCAGAUCAAGACAUUUCAAGUAUAUUGGAGCAGGUAUCGUGACAGGUCUCGCAG